CGCCCACGUUUCAGCGAGCUCGCGCGCGCACCCGGCGUCCGGAGGCGAAUGCGGUAACGGAAAACAAGGAUCGGAGGAGAAGCGAGGAGGCUGAGUGUACGAGAGUCCCCUACUUUGCAACGAAAAAUACAUGAUAUCUUGUUAUUAUAUGAGUACCAGAUCCACGAAAAGAGACAUUGGAGAUACAAUAGGAUGAAAGGAAGAUCAGAUUGAGCGCCCGCAGACCUGUCCUACCGCUUCGCUGUUUUCCUGGAGUUGGAUUUGGGAGAGCGCGUCGAACCCGCAGCCAGAGCCGCCGCCCCCCCGUCUCCUGAGCCCUCCCCCUUCCCCCAGAGCCUGCGUCAGACCAGCGACCGCCUGGGACACGCCCACACCCUCGCCCAGCCCCGCCCCCCGCCGCCAGCAUGGUGCUAUCACAAAGGCAACGAGACGAACUAAAUCGAGCGAUAGCCGAUUACCUCCGCUCCAACGGCUACGAAGAGGCCUACUCUGUGUUCAAGAAGGAGGCCGAGCUGGACAUGAAUGAAGAGCUAGAUAAGAAGUACGCCGGCCUUUUGGAGAAGAAAUGGACCUCAGUCAUCAGAUUACAGAAGAAGGUGAUGGAGCUGGAGUCCAAGCUGAACGAGGCGAAGGAGGAGAUCACUCUGGGGGGGCCCAUCGGGCAGAAGCGGGACCCCAAGGAGUGGAUCCCGCGCCCCCCAGAGAAGUACGGUCUGAGCGGCCACCGCAGCCCCGUCACCCGCGUCAUCUUCCACCCCGUCUUCAGCGUCAUGGUGUCUGCCUCCGAGGACGCCACCAUCAAGGUGUGGGACUAUGAGACGGGGGACUUUGAGCGCACGCUGAAGGGACACACGGACUCUGUGCAGGACAUCUCCUUCGACCAGACCGGGAAGCUGCUGGCCUCCUGCUCCGCAGACAUGACCAUCAAACUCUGGGACUUCCAGGGCUUCGAGUGCAUCAGGACCAUGCAUGGGCACGACCACAACGUCUCCUCUGUGGCCAUCAUGCCCAACGGAGACCACAUAGUCUCCGCCUCCAGGGACAAAACCAUCAAGAUGUGGGAGGUAGCCACUGGGUACUGUGUGAAGACGUUCACGGGCCACAGAGAGUGGGUGCGCAUGGUGAGGCCCAAUCAGGACGGCUCGCUGAUCGCCAGCAGCUCCAACGACCAGACGGUGCGGGUGUGGGUGACGGCCACCAAGGAGUGCAAGGCGGAGCUGCGGGAGCACGAGCACGUGGUGGAGUGCAUCUCCUGGGCCCCCGAGAGUGCCCACCCCACCAUCCUGGAGGCCACGGGGUCAGAGGCUAAGAAGAGUGGCAAGCCCGGCCCCUUCCUGCUGUCCGGCUCCAGAGACAAGACCAUCAAGAUGUGGGACAUCAGCACUGGCAUGUGCCUUAUGACCCUGGUGGGCCAUGAUAACUGGGUGCGUGGGGUGAUAGUUCACCCCGGAGGGAAGUUCAUCGUGAGCUGCGCUGAUGACAAGACCCUGCGCAUCUGGGACUACAAGAACAAGCGCUGCAUGAAGACGCUGAGCGCCCACGAACAUUUCGUCACCUCUCUGGAUUUCCAUAAGACUGCUCCGUACGUGGUAACUGGGAGCGUAGAUCAAACAGUAAAGGUUUGGGAGUGCCGCUGAUUCUACCUGCAGGGCGACGCCCCUUCCUGGCCCCCCCACCCCACCCCCCCAUCUCUAUCCACCCCCACCUCCCACCCCCCCCACCCCCGUCUACAUCUCCUCCCCCUCUUGGAUGCACUCAGAACCAUGGAUAUAGCCCACCCAGCUGUUUGAAUAACUCUUGUCCUUUUAUGUAAAUUAUUCUGGAUGUAGAUCGAGCUCUUAAAUGUUACACGAAAAAAAAGUAUUCUUGCAUGGUGAAUCCAAAAUUGUAUACUGUAAAUUUCCAUAACGUUGUCUAGGAAGUACCAUAGGUUUAAGACCACGGGCUGGCCUUUUCACCGGCCUCAUCUACAGAGAGCAGGCAGAUCUGUGACUGGGUGAUUAAAAGAAUAGGGCACUAAAACUGGUAAUUUAAUGACCGUGUCGUUCUUACGUGUCGGAUUAUUUCUCUUUGUCUGUAUUUUUUAUUUUUUUUGGGUUCUUUUGUUUUGUUUUUUUCCCCCCUUCCCUUUUGUUUUUUUGGUUUUAUUUUUGGUUUUUGCCUCCACUCUUGUAGUCUUGGUGCCUCGGUCGAGGACCCGGGAGAGCGAUUGGGGGGGGUGUGGGGGCUUAAUGAGAAUGGAAGGAGUAUAGCCCCCCCCCCCCCCCCCCCCCCCCCGGUGCACACUGGUGCGGUCUCUCUUCAUUGGUUGUUUGCUGUAAGGCUCAUAAGCUCUCUGGGUGUGCAGGGACCAGCCGGUGCACCUGUGGCGGGUGUGUUGGCGCUCUCGUCGCUGGGGGGGGCAGAGUGGCGGGGGGCGGGCCCUCGUCUCGACGCGGUGCUUCUCUCCGAGCUGUGGGCUUCCUUCCCUUCACAGGGGCGUGGUACUUUAAAUCCCGGCUCCCCCGCGGACCUAGCGUAGCUGCUGAGGAGGUGCGGCCGGCAGCCAUGUUGUUUUUUCUGUUUGCGGUUAGCUUUCGGGCGUCUGUGUUUCCGGUUACCCAGGAAGAGGAGUUUCCCUCUGUGGCCCCGCCCCCCAAAGGGACAGAGGCCCCACGCAGGGUCUGCAGUGCCCAAAGUCGGGUUGGGGGUCGGAUGGGCUGUAAUACCUCCCAAAACGGAAAAGGCACUCGCUCACUGUUCUGACCUCCCCCACAUCUGCUGGGCCAAGGUGCUGUUCUGCACUGGGCCACGCCCUCUACCUCACCUGUAGCCUGCGCUCAGUUCCCCAGGGGAAUGCCCUCUAGAGCCUCGUCCCCCCCCCCCCCCCGCCCGCCCUCCCAAACUGCGGUGGAAGACGAAAGAACUGCAGGAUUACACGGGCGCAAGUUUGGGUUUAAAAAAUGGGUUAGAAAGCGUGCUUUGAGUACUGAGGGCUGGGGAAGCUGGUGGUUGAAGGCCACUUGCUCCUGCAGGAGGUUGGUGUUUGAUCCACACGUCCGCAUGAGGGAGGGAGGGAGGGAGGGGGGUUCUGUAAAAGGGUAACUAACCUAACUCCAGGGGGCUGAAUAACUCCUCCCACCCAGCAGCCACACCCACUCUAUGGGCGUGGCCUUUUUAGCCCCGCCCUGACAGACUGGAGGUGAUGAUCGCUCUAAACUGGCACUUUGUUUUUCUGUUUUUUUUUUUUUUGGUUUGUUUUGUUUCUCUCUCUGCCUCAUUUUUUUUUCCUCAUUCAAUAAUUGUAUCUUGAUUUAAAUUUAUAAAAAGGAACAGUUGGCUAAGCAAAAAAAAGGAAUGAACUUCAUCAUCAAGAAAUGAAAUGGGCAAAAACAAAAAACAAAAUGGUGGCAAAUAUCCCGCUCUCUGGAAGAAGAGACGUGGAGAAAAAGAAGAAAGUGGAAGGCUAAUUAAAAAAAAUUUAAAUGGGGGGGAUUUCUAAAUUCUAGUUCCAGUCAUCUUGCUUAGCCCCACCCCUUAACUCCGCCCAUCUUAGGUCUUCUGUCCAGUCCCAAGGCAUUUAAAAAAAUGGCUCCACCAACAGUCCAGUCAUACUGCGAGAUCUAAUUUUAAAGCUAGCCUUUUUUUCCUUUCUUUCUAUCGUCCUCAUGGAGAAAAAAAAAAAAAAAAAAAAACUUAAAAAAUGCAAUUAUAUAAUAAAGAAUUUCCCUGCUUUAACCCAAGCCAUUAUCGAGCUUCUUUGGCAGUUUCCUGCUGUGUGUACCGCACGCUCCCGGCUGUGGGGAUCUGUGUGGCAUCGGUCAUGUGACGCUGCGCGUGACGUCACCGGAUCCGGCGUGUCUGGGAGGGGCCUGGCUGGUGGGCGGAGCUUGUGUGGCUCCGCCCCCCCCCCCCCCCCCAGAGUGUCCAGUCACAGGAAGGCUCCGCUUCUGGUGUGCUCUGACUGAGGGAGGGGCCCUGCUCCUGAGCCCCCCCCCCCUUCUGCUCAUGGGAUUGUGGCAGACUGAAUUUAGGAGAGGACUGCACGUCGAGCACCCCCCCGCUGCCCCCCCACCCCCAAAAACAAACAAAUAAAGAACCUGUUCCAGAUUCUGUGGUUUAUUUGAAGAUGGGCCCAUGUUUUAUUGUAAUCUCUCUCACUCUCCCACUCAACCCCCCCACCUUUUCUUUUUUUGUUAUUUUGGUUUAUUUUUUUGCCCAAAGAGAGGUUCAGACUGCACGGUACACUGUGCAUUAAAGGAUCAUGGGAAAAGUAGUUUGGUUCUGCACGGUGACGGUGUAUUGCUGUGUUAAUUUUUUCCCCCGUUUUGAAAUGCUGUGCGAUGCAGAAUGUGUUCUGUUUGUUUUAAGAAUUAGCUGAAGCCAAAAAUGUGGAAAAUGCCCUUAGUUCAGAGAAUUUUUUUUUUCUUGGUGUCUUUGAAUGAAGAAGCCUUCGACUGAUUCCUGGUGUUUUAAAUCUGUCCUGAGAGAGAGAGGGGGGAGAAGAGGGGGGGAAAGAGAGAAAAGGAUAAAAGGCACUAGCCCAUUCUCUGUUCCCAAGCAAUCCCAGUUCUGCAUUUGCUAUGCGGACAGACGGGGAGGACAGCCUCGUCUGUGCAGUGUGUCUGUGCAGUCCUUCUCUGCAUCUGCAGCCUGUCUGCACAGUCAGUCUGUCUGUCUGUGCAGUCAGUCUGUGUGUCUGCAGCCCGUCUGCGCAGCCGGUCUGCUAUUCCUGCCUUGUGAGUCUGUGACGGGGCUCUGGACCUGUCUGCCCAGUGGGGUCUCUGCUUCUGUGUCUCUCACUCUUCACACACAGUAAAUUGUUAACGAUAUAUCUGGAUGUCAUUAUUGUUUGCAACAUAAUAAUAAUAAUAAUAAUAAUGAUAAUAAUAAUAAAAACUGUAAAUAUAAA